AUGCCUAGAGUAUUACUUUUACUGGUUUUAAUAAUAAUUAUAGCAAGUUUGCCAAUAAUAAAUAAUUGGCUUUCAAAUAGUAGAAAAGUAGCAUUGGAUGAUGACUACAUUAGCAAAGAGUUAGACAGCUAUAUAGAUAGAAAUCUUGACAAGAUUGUAGAAAAUAUUCAAGAAAAAAGCAAGUAUGCUACUCGGGGUAAUAUAUUUAAAAAUAAAAUUUCACAAUAUAAAGAUGAAAUAUUUGAUUCAACUUAUCCUUGUUUUGGAAAUGAAAAUAGUCAUAUUAUAGCUGUUGGUUUUUUUGAUUAUUCUUGUGGGUACUGUAAAGCUAUAAAAGAUGAUAUUAAACAAUUAAUUGAUGAUGGUAAAAUUAAGUAUAUAUUUAGAGAUACGCCGAUACUUGGUGAUGGUUCUUUAAAAGCGGCAAAAAGUGCUUUAGCUGUUUAUUUUGUUAAUAAAGAGAAAUAUUUUGAUUUUCACCAUGCUGCUUUAAGUUAUAAGGAGAAAUUUUCAGAUGAUAAUAUAUUGAACAUAGUACAAAAUAUAGGUAUUAGUAAAAGUGAUUUUAAUAAAUCAAUGAAGAAUAACAUGAGCAAAAUUGAACAGAUGAUAAAUAACAGUAGACUCUUAGUAAAAAACCUAGGUAUAGGUGGAACGCCUUUUUUGAUUAUUGGAGAUAGCUUAUUCGUAGGAGCAACUGAUUUAAGCAUACUACGCAAAAAAGUGAAUGAAUUAAGUGACAAUAAUCAGGCUACACAAUUCUAA